GACCGGGGUGGUGGUCGAGAGGAGGGGGAUUUAAAGAUGGCGGAGCGCGUGGCCGCACGUUUGGCCGCUCAGGAGCGGCAGAUUGAGGCUCUGGGGAGGGAGAUAGGCCGCCUCCGGGACGGCCUGAUCACCGGCCAUGUCGCCGCCGAGCUGGCGAGCAGCGCGGAGCUGGAGAACCUGCGCAGCGAGAACGAGAAACUCAAAUACCGGCUGGUUCACCUCCGCCGGGGGCUGCAGGCCGAGCUGGCGCUGGAGCUGGACGCGGGGGGAGACCACGAGAAGAAGGACGGACAGCAGGCGGCCGGGAAGCAACCCCCCAAAGAAAGCGCAGCCCAGAAGAAAGCUGCUCCGCCCAAAACUCCUGACGGCUCCAGUACAGCAGAGAAGAGCAAGAAGAAGGAGAAACCCGGAGGAGGAGGAGGAGGAGGAGUGGGGGAGCUGAACCCUUGGCCUGGCUACAUCUCUGAGCGCUUGGAGCUGUACGACAGACUGAAGAAGGAGAGCGAUGCUGUUCUAGCCAAGCAGGCAGCAAGCAGCCAGCCCGUUUCAGUCCAGCUACCUGAUGGGCAGAAAGUGGAGGCGCGUUCCUGGAUCACCACCCCGUACCAGCUGGCCUGCGGCAUCAGUCAGGGCCUGGCCGACAACUGCGUGAUCGCUCGCGUGGAUGGGGACCUGUGGGAUCUGGACCGUCCGCUGGAGAAGGACUGCUCUCUGGAGCUGCUGCGCUUUGACCAUGAAGACGCCCAGGCUGUCUACUGGCACUCCAGUGCUCAUAUCCUGGGUGAAGCGAUGGAGCGCUUCUACGGGGGCUGCCUCUGUUAUGGACCACCUAUUGAAAAUGGCUUCUACUAUGAUAUGUUCCUGGAUGGGCAGAAAGGAGUGUCGAGCACAGAGUUUGGGGAUCUGGAAGCUCUUUGUAAAGGCAUCGUGAAGGAUAAACAGCCAUUUGAGAGACUGGAGGUUAGCAAGGAAACAUUGCUGGAGAUGUUUAAGUAUAACAAGUUCAAGUGCCGCAUCCUGAAUGAAAAAGUGGACACGCCCACCACUACUGUGUACAGAUGUGGCCCCCUUAUUGACCUGUGCCGAGGUCCCCAUGUACGUCAUACGGGCAAGAUCAAAGCGCUGAAGAUCUACAAGAACUCGUCCACCUACUGGGAAGGCCGCUCGGACAUGGAGACGCUCCAGCGCAUCUACGGCAUCUCUUUCCCUGACAACAAGAUGCUGAAGGAGUGGGAGCGCUUUCAGGAGGAGGCCAAGAACCGAGACCACCGCAAAAUCGGGAAGGAUCAGGAGCUGUUCUUCUUCCAUGAUCUGAGUCCAGGCAGCUGUUUUUUCCUCCCGCGUGGGGCCUACAUCUACAACACACUCACCGAAUUCAUCAGGGAAGAGUACUGGAGGAGAGGUUUUCAGGAGGUGGCGUCACCUAACAUCUACAACAGCAAGCUGUGGGACACAUCGGGCCACUGGCAGCACUACAGUGAAAAUAUGUUCUCCUUUCCUGUGGAACAGGACGUCUUUGCCCUCAAGCCUAUGAACUGCCCUGGUCACUGCCUGAUGUUUAGCCACAGGCCACGUUCCUGGCGGGAACUGCCUCUGAGGCUGGCGGACUUUGGUGUGCUGCAUCGUAACGAGCUUUCAGGAACGCUCACUGGACUCACAAGAGUUCGCCGGUUCCAGCAAGAUGACGCUCACAUCUUCUGCACUAUGGAGCAGAUUGAGUCAGAGAUGAAGGGUUGUCUGGACUUCUUGCGCUGCGUCUAUGACGUUUUCGGCUUCUCCUUCCAGCUGCACCUCUCCACCCGACCAGAGAAAUACCUGGGUGACAUCGCUGUCUGGAACCAGGCUGAGAAGCAACUUGAGAACAGUCUGAACGAGUUUGGCGAGCCGUGGAAACUGAACCCAGGGGAUGGAGCAUUUUAUGGGCCAAAGAUUGACAUCAAGAUUAAAGAUGCCAUCGGGCGUUAUCACCAAUGUGCCACCAUCCAGCUGGACUUCCAGCUGCCUGUUCGAUUUGACUUGACAUAUGUGGGGAAAGACGGAGACGACAAAGCCAGGCCGGUUAUUAUCCACCGUGCUAUCCUGGGCUCGGUAGAGAGAAUGAUUGCCAUCCUCACAGAAAACUAUGCUGGGAAAUGGCCACUGUGGUUAUCACCUCGUCAGGUGAUGUUAGUGCCUGUUAAUCCGUCCCUUGAAGAAUACGCCAAAAAGGUGUGUAAGCAGUUUGUGGAGGCGGGCUUCAUGGCGGACGCAGACCUCGACUCUGGUUGCCUUCUGAACAAGAAAAUUCGCAAUGCUCAGCUAGCUCAGUACAACUUCAUUCUGGUGGUGGGUGAGAAGGAGAAGAUGACUAACAGCGUCAAUGUGCGCACAAGGGAUAACAAGGUCCACGGGGAAUUGACGGUGCCGGAGGUUCUGGCCCGGCUCACUCUACUCAAGCAGUCCCGGUGCAGGAACGCAGAGGAGGUUUUCUGAGGGAGCUGAAGGCCUGGUCCCAAUUCAGAGAAAGCUGACCCUCUCUCACUUACUGUAUAUGAGGAAAUCCGUAAGGAAGGGCUGUGUAGUUAUUGUAUGAGAGUGACCAUUAAUGUAAUAGCAUCAUCUGUGUCUCUACCAUUUAGACAGUAGUUUUAAUUUGCUUACUUGUACUUGGAGCUGAAAUCCUGUUAAUGCAAAACGUGCUUAGCGCAGCUGUCAGAACAAAACCUCGUAUCUCCACUUUUGUCGUUUUUCAGUUUUUCACAGAGUUUGAAAGUAGACGUUGUCCAUUACAUUGUGUGUAAAUUUCAUAAUGAUUGGACCAAAAGAAAUGACCCAAAAUGACUUGGAAAAACGCCCGGUUCCAUUGACUUGCAUUAAAAGUUGAGUAGGUUUUUUCCUUCUCCUGUAAAGUUCCCAUUUUGGAGACGCAAGGUUUUGUUCCAACGAUAUGCAGCAGCGAUAUGAUGGUGUCUAUGGGGCAGUUGCUGAAUUCUGUGAGUAAACAUUUGAAAUGUGAUUUAUAAUUUAAAACUGCAAACACUGGAUUCCAAUGAUACAGAUGCUGGUAUGAGACCGACCUGAGAGUGUCUUACCAACUUUCAGACACUGGAGCAGCUCACUAAAUAAGCACUUCUGUAAUUUUUCACUUCUGUGCAAUCUAAUAAUAAUCUGGUAACAUAUUUCCACAAAGACCCACAUUGGAAAGCACAAAUAUGGAAUUACAGCUAAUUUACAAACACCUUUCAUAAAAAUGUCCUAAGAAAACGCAUGUUGUAAAUGUUCAGCAGCUGCCCAUUGACUUCUAUUAUGAAUGUGUUCUGAGUCAGCGUUUUUCCCUCUUAUCUACAUACAGAAAACAAUAUGGAAAUGAUUGAUUGUGGUGAUUGAAUGUGCACUACGGUUGGGGCACGUAAGGAUAAGGUUGACAAACUCUAGACUAUUCCUUUAAACGCAUUGAAAAACAGCACUUCUGGUUUUUUCACCAUCUUCAAUGGGAGAUAAUGGAGUAAAUGAGCAGAAGGAUGUUUUCCUUUGAGCUGGGAUCAGGUUCAGCAGAGCUUUUGUCAGUUAAGGCAGAAGAAAGGGGACAGGAAAAAAGAAAGAAGGAAAUGUUUGUAAUGGAAAGGUGCGCUAUAAAGGAAAUGACAGCAUUAGAAGAGGGCAGAUCAUGACGGGCUUGAGGUGAUAUGAAAUGCCUUUGUGUAACGCCAAGGCAGAAUCUUUUCUCAAUGCAUAUCAAAUCACUACAGUUCAGUGGACGAGUGGGAGGACAGGCUCAAAGAGGCGACGUUUGGCUUGAGCAAAUGUCUUCACUGCAAUGUGAUGCAGUUUUUUGUGACCUGCUCUAAAUGUUUGCACGUAAGAACACGUACAGUGACUGCGUACAGUCUGUCUGUUGUUUUGAAACCAGUAGAGGGAGAGUUUAAAUGAUGUCGUGUAACGGGAAUAUGAGAAGUAAAUGAAAAGUCCUGGGAAUUAUGAAGAAUAAAAGCCUUUUCAGUGAUG